UCGGAUCAUUAUUGAAAAUUUAUCGUCAUUUUUUUCUUUGUGUUCCAAUUCAAAGUUUACUUUUUUUUUAAAAUAGUAAUUGAAACAUUACAAUCAAUGUUAAUUUGUUUUUUUCCACAAUUAUCUAUUAUCGUGUGAAUGAAAAUGAUGAAGUUGGCAAAAAAUAAUAAUGAUAAUCGUUGUCGUUUGGCCACCAUCACCACCAAUAUGACCAUUAUAAUGAUGAUUUUUUUCAUUGUUUUUAUCAACGAUUCAAAUAUCGUAAUGGCAAAUGAAAUUCAAUCAGCACCGUAUUAUAUGCCAUUUGAUGAAGCACAAAAUAUUGAUGAUAUAUUGGCAAAUUCAAGUCUUAAACAUUUUAUUCUUGCAUUCAUAUUGGCACCAAACGAUAGUCAUGAUUGUAUACCAGCAUGGAAUGGCCUACGCAAUCGUUUAGUUACUGAAGAUACAUUUAUUGCUGAAAUUAUUGAUAAAAUCCGUGGCGCAGGUGGCGAUGUUUCCAUUUCAUUUGGCGGUGCAUUUGGCACGGAAUUGGGCCAUGCUUGCCAAACGGCUGCACAAUUGGCUGCUGCCUAUCAAUUAGUUAUCGAUAAAUAUAAGCUGACACAUAUUGAUUUGGAUAUCGAAGGUGAUAGCUUAGGUGCUGUUGUUGAUGAACGACGUCGUUUUGAGGCAAUCAGAAUAUUGAAAAAUAAUGCUAGACAAAAUGGUAAAAAAUUAUAUGUUUCAUUGACAUUGCCGACAACAGUGGUCGGAAUCAAUGAUGCUGGCAGAGAGGAAAUCAAAUUGGCCAUUGAACGUCAAGCCGAAAUUGACCUUUACAGUCUAAUGGCAUUUGACUUUGGAGCAAUGGCCAACAAUAUGGUUCAUACGGUAAUCACUGUCAUGGAAGCAUUCCAUCAACAGAUCAAAUCUAUUCACACGGAUUGGUCAGAUCAAAAAGUAUAUGAACAUACAGGAAUGAUAUUAAUGAAUGGCCAUACAGAUCAACCAAGUGAAUUGUUCUCACAGCAAACAUUUGAAGAACUUAUUCAAUAUGCAUCAACACAUGGAUUAUCACGAGUUUCAUUUUGGGCUAUAAACCGUGAUCGUCCUUGUCCUCCAGAUCGUCAACAUGGCUGGGCUGCCAGUUUCUGUAGCUGUAUUGAUCAACAAGCAUAUGAUUUUUCUCGAAUUUUAUCAAAAUUUAAAUCACAGGAAAUUAUUACAACAACAACAACAACAUCAACAACCAAAAUACCUCAAACAACAACAACAACAACAACAACUCAUCGUCCAGAUAAUGAUGAUGUGGAUUGUUCCAAAGUUCCUGGAGGUGAGGGAAUUUUUCCUUGUAAAAAUGAUAUUCAUCAUUUUAUUGAAUGUUCUAAUGGUAUCAAAUAUAUUUUUUCAUGUCCGGAAAAUACUAAAUUUGAUCCAAAAUUAUUGAAAUGUGUUUGGGAAUAAUAAUUUGUUUUCCAUUUUAUAGACAAAAUGAAAAUUUUCAUAA